GUAGUGCUGAGAAACUUCUCUUCCAGUCCUUUUGAUUACAGUGCUUCUGAUCUGGUGCUGGUUUGAAAAAGCCCGCCCACUCCCAUACGUUCUCCAUUGCAACCAUACAAGGCAGUAAGCUGAGCAGGAAUACUACUUACGCUCUGAAAGGUGACAAGGUGUCUGUCAAGCACAUGCUGCCCUGCCUCCCUCUCUGCUAAUAAUCAUUGAGUCUGAAUUUCCCGGUUACGACACCUAUGGAGUUAAUGCUUGUGGAAGCGCUGCUUUCUCAUUGUAAAGACCAUGCCACCCUCGUUACUGAACUCGGCUCAUGGAAUCCAACUACAGACAAGGUCCCUACGGCCGAGAGCCUGGAGUUUCUCCGUAUUAUAUUGGAAAAACUGGCUAUGAGGAAGGAGAAGGCAGACGCAGAGAAGCUCGGUCAAGCUGUAACUACGCUGGCUCUUAACAAUUGCUUGCCACUGCUCGCCAUCCUGCGGGAUGGAAUCCUACAGCCUCGUAAUGUUACACGAGUUGCAAGGACAGUGUGUGGUGUAUUACAUUAUUGUGCAGAAAUUGCAGGAAAUAAAGUUGCAGUCCCGGUUUGUCUGGCCGCCGUCAGGGUCCUAGGAAUUUGUGGGAAUGAAUCGCAGAAGGAAGGAACCGCAGGGGCUGAUCAUUUGGAGAGUGGCGUAGUAAAAGUACAAGGGGAAUGCACAUCACUUCCUAGGCAUAAAGAAAUGACUGUGGAAGAAUCUAUAGAGGUUCUGGGAGCUGUGGUACCGAUACUGCAGAAGAACAGUGUCUCAGGGUGCAGUAAUGAAUUAGAUCAAAUAGUAAACGCAACAGUGUAUGCACUUAAAGAAGGAACAGAUGAAACGGCAAACUUAAUAUGUGGAAGAUUACUACCCAGCCUUGGGUCAGACAGGAGAAGUUUAAACUUGCUUUGGGACUUACUUAUGGUGAAUAAUGACAAAAUCAAAGGAGAUGAUGGCAUUUGCUUAAGUCGCAGGUUGUUGGUAUUAAGCACCUUAUCAGAUCAUCUUUUCGUUACUGAGGCUAAAGACAGACCCCUUAAAUCUUGGUGCUGCAGUAGCUUUUGGACAUUGGUGCAGGGCUGCUUGUGUAGUCCUGACAGCCUGACAAGAAAAAGAGCUGUGUACCUGUUAAAAAGAGCAAUCGACUGGUGUCAGGAGACAGGGGAGGAAAUGGCAUGUAGCAUUGAUUGCUGUAGAGAUGGAGAUCCUGCAUUGUUCUUUUGGUCCACCUGGAAAAAUGAAGCAAUUGUGCUGUUUUGGGAAAAUUAUUUGUUAAUUGUGGAAACACUAGAAGGAAAUCAGAUACAUGUUAUCAAACCAGUUUUGCCAAAAUUAAAUAUGAUACUUGAAUCAUCAGUUUCAGAAAACAAAGAUUCUUGGCUGUUUCACCCCUCUUGGCAUCUUUGCAUUUAUAAGCGUAUGUUUGAGAGUGAGAACAAAACAUUGGCAAAGGAAGGAGUUCUCCACUUCUUAGAUAUGUAUAAUUCUAAAUCCCUACCUGAGUCACCAUCAUGCUCUGAGUUUAUUAUUGGACCCCUUAUGGAUGCUAUGUCAGAAAGCUCUAUGUACAGCAGGUCUUCUGACCAGUUAAUUGGUGACUGCCCUAUCCUGGCAACAAAGUUUCAGAAGUUUUUGGCUAAAUUUGUGUCCUCACUUCAUCAAGGAAACAGAGGACUGUUCCUGCUGAAGUUUAUCAAGAAGAUGACUAGUAGGCACUGGUGUGCUAUUCCCAUACUGUUCAUGGCUAAGGCACUGGCUGAUAUUCCAGAAAAAAAAAUAUGGGGUGUGGAUGGACUUUUAUUGCUGAGGGAGGUGCUGCAGUGUACUAUGACUACACAUCAAGUUCUGCUUCGUGGAGCUGCACAAUGUUUUUUUCUUCAAGCUGCAAUUAAAUUAACUGACGCAGAAAAAGUUACACUUUCUGAUGUAUCAAGUUUUCUCAUUUCUCUUCGCGCAGAUGAAUCUUUAGACAGGGGAAGUAAGCUCUGGAAAGAGGUGUGUAUUUGGUUUAAAGAGAACGAUGCCAUCUUCAAAAAAGAUUCAGUCUAUGAAUUUACAGGAAGCCAACAAAUUUCAUCUUUGAGCAUGUACACAAAAUAUUUAGUUGAAGAUUACCUAACUGUUCCUGCUUCAAAAGGUGAAGAUGAACUCAUGCCAGACUGGUAUGAAUCGAGGCUUGUUGCCACCAUGGUACUUUUGGCUGCUGAUGUAGAUUCCUCAAAAGUAGACAUUGCUUUAUCAGAAACAGCUGACUUGAAUUUUAUGUUGACUCCUCUUCUGACAUGUCUGUCCAAACUCAGUACAAAUGCAUAUAUGCCAAUUCUAAAGACAGACAAGAUCUUACAGUUGCUCUUAAAACUUCUGCAGACGUGUUCAUCAAAAUCAGCUCAAACUAAAACAGAUGGGCUAUUGACUGUUAUCUGGAAUGUAAUUACAACUACUGCAACAAACAUUUUUGAGUUCAUUGUAAGAAGGUUAAGUGGUGAGCUGAAAACGAUUGCAGAUCUAGAUCGCUGUGAUUUGUAUCUUGCUGUACUUUCCGAGUUUGUAAACUUAUCUUUAAAAUUUGGCUGGAAAAAAAGUUUUUCAAUAUGGAAGUUUAUAUAUUAUUUAACAACUGCUUCAGCUGAAACCUUGCAGCAAUUGAGCAAGAAGGAUGAAAAUUUUGGAGAGCAAAUCCAAAAAGUAGUCAGCAUGGCCUGCCUGGCUUCAGUGUGUGGCAUCGCUUCUUAUUCUUGCCAGUUUCAAGAGGAUUCGUACAACUAUGUCAGUGUGCUUUGCAGAUAUUUGUCAUCUAUGCAGUUAAAUUCCAGCCUUUCAAAACCCAUUGCUUGUGAUGGAAGGUUACUAGAAGAAACCACUUCUCAAGGGUGGGGUAAAAUAGUUGCACGGUACUUACGUGAUCAGUGGGUCUGCUUGCAUUUUGUUCUUCGUAAACAUGAAUACAGUUUUUCUACAUCAGACAUAAAAAAUUCUGAAUUUGCCCCAUUGAUUUUCUCUGCACCAACAUCAUCUUUACAGUCAGCUCUUGAUGUACUCACUGUUGUUCCCUCCACUGAGGCCCUUCCAGUUUUUCAUUGCAUGAAGCUUCUAGUACCUAAGGUUAUUCAUUCUUCUGAACUUUUAGCGGUGGAAUGUAUCAAUACAGCCUGGAAAAUUGUUCUGUCCUCAUGCAACACUCAACUAGUGUUUUGGCCCACCUUGCAAGCCUUUGUUGAAUUUGUCUUCAGUAAUGAAGUACUUUCUGGAGCUGCUUAUACUAAAGGUCAAUUGUAUUUCCGAAUAAAAGAGAUAAUCCAAGAAACGUCUGACAUGUCCAUCUCAAAGACAGGAGUAUUUAAUGUGUUGGUUUCUCAUUGCUACCAGUCAUGGACAGAUUAUUCUAAGAAACCUAGUAUUAAAGAUGAUGAUCUUUUACAUGCAAAAUGUUACAUGGAAAUCCUCACAGAAGCAUGUGUGUUCGGCACUGUUUUUAGACGGGAUCAGAGGUUAAUUCAAGAUACACAUGCUUUUAUUGAAAGCUUAGGAAAAGAUUGUGCAGCAAAUAUUGCUGUGACAAGCAUGAACAGAGAUGAACACCAGGUCCGGAUAUGUGCAACUGCAUUCUUUAGUUGUUUGGAUGAGUCAAAUCCACUUCACAAGGAGUUUCUGCAAGACCUUGUAAUUCAUCUUCUUGAUAAGGACAUACUUGUUUCCAAGACAAAAACAAGGUAUUAUGGAAAUUCCCUGCAUCACCGGCUUAAAAACCGUCUGUGGCAAACUAUGUUAAUUUUGAUUCCAAAACUUGACCAGGACUUUCUUUCUGGUAUCAUUGACAGGAUUUUCCAAGCUGGUUUCAGUAAUAAUCAAGCAUCGGUUAAAUAUCUAAUAGAAUGGGCCAUUAUACUGAUUCUCCAUACACAUCCCAUAUUUCUUUCCAAAUUCUGGGACUGUUUUAGCAGUGUAAGAUUUUAUACUGAAGAAAAACUUAAAACCAGCAUUUGCACAUUUUUGUCUGUGCUUCCUCACUUUGAUGUAGUUAUUGCAAAUAUUCCUGAUAAGGGAGCUAGUCUAAAGAGGGCUCUAGUGACUGUACUUCAGUGGUGUUUCAAUCACAACUUCAGUGUUCGGCUUUAUGCACUGAUUGCUCUAAAGAAACUCUGGGCCAUGUGCAAACAACAAUGCAUACAGGAAUUUGACGAACUGGCUUUAGUAAUAGAGUCCAGUCUUGAUCAAGUAGAAAAUAUACAAGGCACUGGUAAUGCAAGAAAAAACUGGCUACGAAUACAAAAUCAUUUCUUCUUUUCUACAUUUCAUCCAUUGCAAGACUACAGCAUAGAGACAAUUUUUUACACUCUUCCAAGCUUGUCAGAGUUAAUUGAGGAUGAAUGGAUUUCUCCCCACAAAUUCUCCAGCUAUACUAGUAAUUUGUGGCAAUCCUCACUCCCACUCAACAACCCAAGGCCCAUGAAUGUAGACCUGCUGUCAAGUGACUGGUUACAAAAAGACACUGCUGGCAGUGAUUUGGGUGACAAUGAGACAGAAUGGACAGAUAUUCAAAAAAAGAUAAUUCCUUGGAAGAAUAGUAUCCCAGAUAUUGAUUUGGAAAUGGCUGUUCAAAAUCGUGCUGCUAAGCUUGGAAAGUCAAGUGGAAGUCUUAUUGUUGUAGCAUCCCUCAUUGAUAAACCAACAAAUUUAGGAGGUUUAUGUCGCACUUGUGAAAUAUUUGGAGCUUCUGCAUUAGUUGUUGACAGUCUCCACCAUGUUAAUGAUAAACAGUUUCAGUAUCUCAGUGUAUCAGCUGAACAGUGGCUUCCACUUAUAGAGGUUAAACCAACUCAGCUUCUAGAGUAUUUGCAGCUUAAAAAAAAUGAGGGAUACACCAUAAUCGGAGUUGAGCAAACAGCUAAAAGUUUUGAUCUUACAGACUAUUGUUUUCCAGAGAAAUCCUUGCUGUUACUUGGAAAUGAACGAGAGGGAAUCCCUGCUAACCUAAUACAGCAUCUUGAUGUUUGUGUAGAAAUUCCGCAACAAGGAAUAAUCCGAUCGCUCAAUGUACAUGUUAGUGGUGCAGUUUUGAUUUGGGAGUAUACAAGACAACAAAUCAUGAAGCAAAAAGAUGGAGGAAAAUAGUCUGUUUGUAAACAGAAAAUAAAUUUAUGGAUUUUACUUAUUUACUCUAUUUAAUAAUUUGCACUUUGUUUGGAAGCUUAAUAUUUUAUACAAAGGCAUGAAUAAACAAUGAAAUAAAACAUCCUGAUUUCUUUA